CAUAGUAAAAAUUGAUGAAGACGUCGAUCAUCCUGUCAGUGAUUUAAAUUGUAGAAAAACAGCAUUUAUGAAAACACUAUAAUAUCACGCUGGAAUAACAUGACAGAUUUAUCGGUACUAAAACUAAUGAGAAAAUAAAAAACUCGUGACUUAAUAAAGAGCUUUAAUGAGAAUAAAGCUCCGUGAUCGGAAAGGUGAGAUUGCUGGACGGAAACGUCAAACGAGAGUCAAACUUGGCUAGAUUCUCGAACUCGGAGACGAUGCAGCGGUACGACAUCCUGAUCCAGGAAAUCGAGGGUAUCGACGACUACUUAGGCCCAACAUUCCGAGCGAUUUAUGAUGGUCAUGAGCAUCAAAAGUUUAUGGAAAAGCUUGAUGAUCGCAUCAAAGCACAUGACAAGGACAUCGAAAGGAUGUGCAAUCAUCACUAUCAGGGAUUCAUCGAUUCUAUUCGAGAGCUUUUGCAAGUUCGCUCACAGGCGCAACAGUUGAAUGUGGAGAUUCUGGAGCUCGACAAGUGCAUCACUGCUACGUCUACUAAAGUGAUUGAGAAAGGUGAAGAACUUGUAAAGGCUCGCAAAGUUGAGAGUAACAUGGCUGCUGCUGUAGACAGUCUCACAAUGUGCCUUCCUGUCUUAGCUGCAUAUGCAAAAUUACAGAAACAAUUAAAAGAUAAACGUUAUUAUCCAGCCUUGAAAACUCUGGAGCAAUUGGAACAUCAUGAUUUGCCAAAAGUUACAAAUUAUAGAUUUUCCUCUCAAAUCACACAACAAAUUCCACAAUUACGUGAAAAUAUAAAGGAUGCAUCCAUGUCUGAUUUACGAGAUUUUCUAGAAAAUAUUAGAAAGCAUUCACCAAAGAUCGGGGAAGUUGCGAUGAGGCAUACUGCUGAACAAUUAGCAACUGAGGCAGAAAUCAUAGGAAGAAAGAAAAAAAAAUCUUACAUGAAUCAGUCAAAUGAGACUGAGGAAGAACUGAGUGCUCAAGAUUUAAUGGAUUUUAGUCCUGUGUAUCGAUGUAUGCAUAUCUAUACUGUGCUUCGGGAAGGAGAAACUUUUAAAACGUACUACAGACAACAAAGAAAACAACAAGCUAGACUAGUUUUACAGCCGCCUAUCAAUAUGCAUGAGAGUAUAAUCGGAUAUCAAACUUAUUUACACGGUAUUAUUGGUUUCUUCGUGGUAGAAAAUCAUAUACUAAAUACAGGUAACGGAUUAGCUACUCACGCAUAUUUGGAUGAGCUUUGGACCAUGGCGUUAUCCACCAUAGUGAAUGCUUUACGUACACACUCGGCAUAUUGCACAGACGCUACACUUAUACUAAAUAAAAAUCUAAUUAUGUUAUUCAAUACUACUUUAAGAGAUUAUGGUUACUCUGUGGAACAGUUAUGGGAUUUGUUACAAGAAAUUAGAGUUCAUUACAAUGAAGUAUUGAUGCAACAUUGGGUUCAAGUAUUCAGGGAUAUUUUGGAUGAAGAUAGCUUCUUGCCAAUUCAGGUUACGACACAAGCAGAAUAUGAUGAAAUUUUGAAUCUAUUUCCUUAUCAUGACGAGGAAUUGCAAAAAGCUGAAUUUCCCAAAAAAUUUCCAUUUUCAGACAUGGUACCGAAGGUGUAUCAGCAAGUAAAAGAGUUUAUCUAUGCUUGUUUAAAAUUCUCAGAGGAUUUGAAUUUUACGCAAACGGAGAUUGAUGAAAUGAUAUGCAAGUCAACAAAUCUUUUAUUAACAAGAACUUUCAGCGGAUGCUUAUCAUCAUUAUUUCGCAAGCCGUCUUUAGCACUUUUGCAAGUGGUACAAAUCAUAAUAAACACGGGAUAUUUAGAAAAAUCUACAAAAUAUUUAGAAGAAUUUGUGACAAAUAUUACUGGUACGCCACAUCAAGGGCAAUUAAGCUGCAUGGGUGUGGAAUCCGCUAUGUUUCGAGUCGCGCGAGAUGAUGCUGAAAAGCAGAUUUGCGAUAAGCUGAAAAACAAGCUGGAUGAAUUUUUAGAGUUGGAAAAUUAUGACUGGAACUUAGCGGAACCUCAAGGACAUGCUUCAGGAUUCAUUACGGAUCUCAUUGCGUUUUUGCAAAGCACCUUCACGUGCUUCACUAAUUUACCGGAUGAAGUAGCUCAAGUAGCAUGCAAAUCCGCAUGUUCUCACAUUGCUAAAGCCAUUUUAGGCAUAUUAAUAAGUGAAGAUGUAAAACAGAUAUCCAUGGGUGCAUUGCAACAAGUUAAUUUAGAUACGAUACAGUGCGAACAAUUUGCUGCUUCGGAACCAGUUGUUGGUCUACCAGAAGGAACUUUAUUGCAAUACUUUUCGCAAUUACGACAAUUACUAGACUUAUUUAUGAGUUGGGAUUGGCCUACUUAUUUUCACGAUUAUGGACAUGAUUCUAGCAAAUAUAAUUUAGUAACUCCGAAUAUGGCUGUGCUUCUUCUGGAAAACAGAUUAAGUAUGAUGUAUAAAGUUCCAAUUGCUACACCUCCAUAUACAGUGUAA